UCCCAGUGUUGCCGCUUCUCGGGCCCCAACCCCGCCUACCCCUGCCCCAAACGCAAUCUUGGCGGGAAGGCGGCGGUAAAAUGUCUGGGUCUCUGGUGGCUCCCGAGGACUGGGUGGGCUCUAGACAGCGAUUUCAGGUCGAGGCCAAUGAAUAUAAAGAAAACCAGAGCAUCACGGAUGCGUCUCUGAGACCUAUACAGACCACAGUUUUAGGAAAAACAGCUAAGGUGUGUCUUGUCCCUUUUUCACUUAGUAAUUACAAGUCAGACCCACUUAAGUGCCCCAAAUCAUUAUUACAAAAGAAAUGUAACAAAGUGACAUCUAAGAAGCCUAAGAAAACAGGAAUUAAGAAGUGGAGAAGGAAUUUACCUCCAGAGGUGGAAGCCAUGUCUUUCAAGGCAGAAUCCACUCUGCAAAUAGCAUCUUUGGAUGAUCAUACCGAGAGUAGCAAGCAGCUGUCUGAUAAGGCGAUGCUCAGUGCUGACGCGGAAAGCAGUCAGGAUGGGGACAGCGAUGAAGAUACCACAUCAGGCCUGGAUGAGUUUUCUGGAUUGUCACCGUACGAAAGGAAGAGACUGAAGAACAUAUCAGAAAAUGCAAAGUUUUUUGCUUCUCUUCAGUUGUCUGAGUCAGCUGCAAGGCUCCAAGAAAUGAUAAAGAAGAAACAACCUUCUGAAUCCAAAAGAAAGAAGCCUAGAAAGAGAGAAAAUGAGAUUGGAUGUAGAAGGUCUAUGCGAUUACUAAAAGUAGAACCUUCAGGAUUUUCAUUGCCAGCAACUACAGUGAAGCCAGCAGUAGUAGUAGAUGAACAUCCUUUAUUACCUCCUGGGCCUUUAGAUAUGACUCCUGAAAAUCAAAAUGAUGAUGAUGAACACUUUAAAGGAUUUCUACAGAUUUGGGCAGAUGUGACUAAGACAAGUAGUAGUAGCACUGGGAAGGAACUACCUAGCAUUCUAAGCUACAAAGCCAAUUUAAAUGACAUGGCCAUAAAUGAAGACACAGUUCACAAAGUUACCAGAGGCUCGGUGUCUUCAAUUGCUCUCCACCCAUCAGAAACUAGGACUUUGGUGGCAGCUGGAGCCAAAUCUGGGCAAAUUGGACUGUGGGACUUGACCCAGCAUCCCAAACAAGACGGAGUUUAUGUUUUCCAGCCCCAUACACAGCCCGUUAGCUGCCUUUACUUCUCACCUGUCAAUCCUGCCCACAUUCUCUCACUGAGCUAUGAUGGCACUUUGCGCUGUGGAGAUUUCUCCAGGGCUGUCUUUGAAGAAGUAUAUAGAGAUGAGAGGAGUAGCUUUUCCUCCUUUGACUUCUUGGAGGAAAACGGCUCCACUUUAAUAGUAGGACACUGGGAUGGAAGCAUGUCGCUAGUGGAUAGUCGGACACCUGGAACUUCUGAGAAACUUGGCAGUUCUAUGAGUAAAAUAAGAACCAUUCAUGUCCACCCAGUCCACAGACAGUAUUUCAUCACUGCAGGAUUGAGGGAUGUCCACAUUUAUGAUGCAAGGCACCUGAAACCGAGGGGAAACCAGCCUUUGAUUUCUUCAGCUGAACAUACCAAGAGCAUUGCGUCUGCCUAUUUCUCACCUCUUACUGGGAACAGAGUGGUGACCACCUGUGCUGACUGUAAGCUGAGAAUCUUUAACAGCAGCUGCAUGUCCUCUCAGAUUCCUCUCGUCACCACCAUCAGGCACAAUACCAUCACCGGGCGGUGGCUGACCAGGUUCCAAGCUGUGUGGGACCCGAAACAAGAAGAUUGUGCCAUAGUCGGCAGCAUGGCCCAUCCACGACGGGUAGAGAUCUUCCACGAGACAGGAAGGCAGGUGCAUUCUUUUUUUGGCGAAGACUACCUUGCCUCUGUGUGUUCCAUCAACGCUAUGCACCCGACUCGGUAUAUUCUGGCCGGAGGUAAUUCCAGUGGGAAGGUGCAUGUUUUUAUGAAGUCAGAAAGCUGUUGAGUUUUUGGUUUAGCAAUACUAGUUUUUUCUAAGUAAUAAGUUCUAAGGAACCUGGUAACCAUGUAGCUUAGUUUUUUAAUUUUUAUUAUUUUUUUACUUGAUAUGCUUUAUUUGACAAAUAUAAAAUGGCUUUAUCAAGCAGAAUAUAUUUUUAGAAAGAGAGAGGACUUAGUGGAUGUUUCUACAGGGAAGGAAUUUGAGGGCAGUUUGUGAUACCUUUAGCACUUUUAAUCAGGCAGUAUGUGUGGAGAGUUGCAAACUUAAAUUAUAAAGCUCUGAGGGAUCAGUAUUAAAAGUUUGUGUGAUCUAAUUGUGAUUUUUGAUUGUAUAGUGACAAAUUUGUGGUUUAUUUUAUAGUUGGAGUGAAUAUUUAUUUCUAUGCUCACAUGCUGGAGGUGGUUCUAAAAGGUUAUUUAAUUAAGUAGUUUUGAAACUUUCAAUUUCUUUUUAACCAACAACCCUUUUCCCCUUUGCCUUAAUAUAAAUUUUUACACAACACCCGAAGCUAAUUGCUGAGCAGUUCCUUUUGCUGGCCUUGCCUGGUCUCUCUUCCUUCCCCUUAUCCCUGUCCUUUGUCCGAGUGUCUCUGAGACAGAGGUGGGAGCUCCUAGGACUCUGCACAGGGCUCCUGAAGCUCAGUGUGAGCUUGCCCUCAAGCCAGUGUUCUCCAGGCCGUGGGCUGUAGCUUUCACAUGCACGUAAUUUAGUGGCCAAGACCAGCAUCUUAGAAGGAAUAAUAAAGAAAUAGUAUAAGAUUAAAAAAAAAAAAAACCAAAAAAACAAAACACAAAAA